UGUGGGAUCGGCAAUCCUAAGAUAACCAAAACAGCCUCGUCUCUCAGCUAAGGCAACAUGGCACAACCCAUGAGAACGUUCCCGGAGGCUUAUCCACAGCAGAACCCACACUAUGGGUACGACCAAGGACCGCCUGCAUACAAUCCUGCACCGUCUGCACCUCAAACACAGGUGAUCGUGAACCAGCCCGCUCCUGCGACAACCAAUACUGUGUUCGUCACAACUCAAAUCAAGCCGCCCAACUACUUGGGGCUGUCCAUCUUUGUGCUGCUGUGCUGCAAUCUGCCCUUGGGGAUAAUUGCUCUCGUCUUUUCAAUUUUAUCGGACAGCGACUACGGCGCCGGAGAUGUGGAGGGAGCCCGGAGCAAGGGGAAGGUAGCCAUGGGGCUAAGCAUCGCUGGCAUGGUGACAACUAUCAUUGCGGUAGUCGUGGUCCUGGUUUACUAUUUCGCAGUAAUAGUAGCAGUUGCCAAUGCAGAAACCUAAACCUAACUAUAAACGAAUAGUUGCUUUGGCCAAUGUUCACAGAGGAUCUGUGCUCGAGGACUAUGCUUUUCCUUUAAGCAAAAUGCCUUAAUUAAUGGCAAACCACUGUUCAAAAAGUUUCAUACAAGAUUUUGUGAGUUAGCUAGCUCCAUCACACUGGGUACAUUGUUUAUAAUAUUAGUAUUUUAUUAAUAUUGAUUAUAAUCAAUGUACCUAGUAAGAUGUUUAUAAUCAAUAUUUUAUUAAAUUAAAUAUGGAUUAUAAACAAUCCACUUAUCAUGUGACUUAUGCAUGUAGCAUGAUGUUUAUUAUCAACAUUUUCUAAAUAGCUUUUCUGUCAUUCGUUCAGUGUUUUUGAGCUCCCUACUCUGCUUGCAUGCUUAUUAUUAUAAUAAUUAUUAUUAUUUUUUUUGCUCAAAUAAAUUAAAUUUUCCAUUAACCCAAAGAUUAUAAAAAAUGAUGAAUUCUAAUGAGGCACCAUGGACCGUAAACUGAAAUGUAGGAUACUUUGUGAUGAUCUUACUACUUUGAUGAAUUGAAAGUCGUGAACUACACAAAAUUUACAAAUGUUAAAACAUCACGAAUCAGUUCAGCAUAUCCACCAUUGUACUUAUUCACUCAUUCACGAUACAUUGUGAUGUGCAAAUUAAAUGUUUAGGUGUUUGAAUGAGGCACUUCUGACUGUACAUAGAGAACUCUGGAAAAUUGUUGAAAAUGUUUUAAAAUUUUAUUAUUUUUGUGAAAAAUUGGUCUUGAGAAAAUAUAUUUC